CGGUAAACCCAUGUCGCCACCACUCUUCAUCAGAAGAAGACCCUCGGCCUCCCACUUAACCAUGGAAAUAGACAGCAGAAGUGGAAUCUCCCAUUCGAGUCAACAUUAGAUUCAGCGGGCGAUCCCAGUCGUCGAUGGACCGACUCGGAGCGGAGACCAGCGAAGCCGAGAGGAGCAUCGCCUAAGUGGUUGUCGUCUCCCGCAGCAGAUCAUUUCCUGCCUAAUUGUUCCUCCUUCCCCCCUUCCGCCCUUGCCGCAUCUCCAAGGUAUCCGUCUCCAUAUCAAUCUGGCAGCACAAAGGAACCGCUCCGAAAGCUUUAUUGUACUAUGGAAGGUUCCUUUUGCUGUCCAACUUGAUCGGUCGUUCGUCUAUGAGGUCCUUUGUCUUCUGAUCUCGUUCGAGGGGUGACGAGGAAGGUGAUGAUGGAUGGCGAUAGCUUCUCGGGGCUUGGCAAUGGAACCCAAGUGGACAGCAAAGUCCUCCAGACCUUCCAGAAGAGCUUUCUUCAGGUCCAGCGUAUCUUGGAUCAGAACAGGCUGUUGAUCAACGAGAUCAAUCAGAACCAUGAGUCGAAGAUCCCCGACAACCUCAGCCGCAACGUCGGCCUGAUCAGAGAGCUCAACAACAACAUCCGGCGCGUCGUCGACCUCUACGCUGACCUCUCACUCUCCUUCACCCGGUCCAUGGAAGCCUCGUCGGAGGGCGACUCCGAGGGGAAGCCCGGCAACAAGAGGAACCGGCCCGGCUAGGAAUGACAUAAGAUUUGCUUGCAUUGUUUUCAUCACUGUGUCACUCAUCUCCUCCCUCAUUUAUGUGAUGCAAAGCUGUUUGUCUGUGCUCCGGAAUAGUCAGUCUAAUCUUUCUCUAAUUGAUGUCUUCUUUUUCUUUC